AUGAAGCGCUCGGCAAAGGUGUGCUGGGUCGGCUUCGUCUUUGCGACGAUCGUGAUCGCGGCCGUCACGGCCCUGGUCGUGUACUUCACCGCAUCCAAGCGCGGCUUCGGCGGCGCGGGCGCGUCCACCUUCCCCAUCGGCGGCACCACCAACGCGGGCGCCGGCUCGGCUCAGGGCUCGGAUGGCUCGCUGCCGAGCGGCCAGGGUCUCGAGGACCAUUUGUCCCACUCCGUCCCGGGCACGCUCUACGAGGAGGUCGACUACGACGGCGACGGCGAAGCAGAGAUCCACCUCGACGGCAGCCUCAGCCACACGCAUUACCGCGACGAGGGGCCGCCCGUCGUCGUCGGCAAGAUUACAGACCAUGAUUGGUUCUUCAAUGACACCCGCGAGACCUUCAGCACGGACGCCGCACCGAGCCAUAUUUUUAGGGUCGGCACUACCAUCGUCGGCCUCACCGUCAGGGACGACUUUCGCGACUCCAACACCGAUUACGCCACCGUCAUUGUUAAGAAACCCGUCGUAGACGGCGCGUAUUGCUACUAUUACGACGCCGCGGAGAGCGGCUUUUCCAUCGAUGACGACAUAAACGAGGGCAUCCGCCCCACUUUCGCCGCCGUCGCCGCCAAAGUCGACUUUGCCGACCCCGCUGCCUUUCCGGAAGAGCAGAGGGAUGUCCAGUUUCAGGCCCGCUGCGUCUUUCUUGUUACCGGCGGUGGGAGGAAGGAGUUUGAGGUCGAGCAUUUCGGCCCUGUGCGCCUUCUUAUCGAUGGCGAGCUUGUGCUGCAGUCUGACAGCAAAGACUUGGAGACGUCCGCGGGAGGUAUAGAUCUUCCCGAGGGUGAGCAUACAGUCCAUCUGCUCUACUCGCGCGUCAAUUCAGAGGGAGCCAAGUUGCAGCUCAAGAAAGGCGGAGAUACCAUUCAGCAUAACAUUGCAAAGGUCUUGCCAGUGCUGCGUGGACUUGACCCCGGGGACUCUACGCCCGAUGGGGGUGGCAAAGCUAAGAUUUCGGGCAUUGGCCUGUUCAAUAAGGUCACGAUUCAGUUUGGGUCAGAUAAGUUGGAAGUCGAUGAGGUGACGGCCAAUGAGACAGAGGUCACGGUCGAGGUACCGGAGGUGGAGGGCGAGGAAAUCGUGGAUGUCGUAGCCGAGAACCAGGCUGGCAAAUCUAACGCCAUCCCAUUCACCUAUAAGAAUGACGGGAAGACCCCGAUCAAGUUCGACGUACGCCGCGCCACGGAGAAUGGUAAUACCUUCCAGAUCAAACUUAUUACAGGCAUCAAGUACGGUCCCGACCAUCGCUUCUACGCGUCAGCUAUCAACAGCGCCGUCUAUUCUUUUGCAGCAAACAGUCGCAUGGAAGUAUCCGAUCUCUGCCUGUCGCCGUCAUUGGGCCGUCAUAGGGCUAUCCUCGGUCUUGCGUUUAACCCCGCCGAUACGGAGUUUAAGUUGUACGUUUCUGCCUCAAUCUUGGACUGGAAGGAGAAGAAAAAGCUCACAGAGCCUGACGCCUGGAGGAAUGGACAGAUUCUCUUGAUCAGGAAGGACUUGAACGGCGAAUGUCUCGCCAUGGAAGAAAAGCCCGUCAUUUCUGGACUGCCGGUGUCAAACCAUGACCAUGGUAUCAACGGACUAGUCUUUGAUGACGAGGGGAACCUUCAUAUUCAGGUCGGCGGCAACACCAACGCUGGUCACGACGACAAGAACAGCCGCUUGGGUGGUAUCCCUGAGACGGCCUUGUCCGGGGCAAGCCUGAUCGCACCAGUCAUGAAGGCAGGAUUUAACGGCGAGAUCACGUAUGACUCCGUUGACCCAGCCAUUGCACAGCAGACGGGCGGUGACGUCAAAGUAUUCUCUCCAGGAUGGAGGAAUUCAUUUGGUAUAGAGUUUCACUCGAAUGGCUACAUGUACGCAACUGACAACGGUGCGUCGGAAAUAUUUGGUAACAUGUCUAUAUCAUGCACUGAUCAUGAGCCGUUGCCACAAAAGACUUAUGAGGAUAGGCUUGGAAAAGUCCAGGAGGGCAUGUAUUUUGGACACCCGAACCGAAAUAGGGGAAGGCGGGACAAUAAGGAAUGCAAGUUCCGCGGACCUUCGGAGCCAUCCGAUGGCUUUUACCUAGCUCCGAUUGCUACUUUCGAGUCAUCCACGGAUGGUAUUACAGAGUAUACGGCAGAUUUCUUCGGCGGCCAACUCAAAGGAAAUCUUCUCUGCUCCAAGUACUCGACACAUGACUCUGCGGGGAAACUAUUUCGGGUGCAGCUCGACAGUAAUGGGGAGAAGGCCGAUGGACCAGAUAUACUAAUCGAGGAAUCAGGUCUAUCUGUCGCUGUAUCGCCGUGGGGCCAGAUUCUCAUGCCUCGAGUUUAUAAGGAAGAAAUCAUGGUUCUGCAGCCCAUUCAAAAGAGAGGAGAUACUCCCGCUCUGAUUGCAGUGAUGCCGUUCCGCGGACCCCGCGGUGGAGGGAACGAAGUUUUGGUGACGGGUGUAAAUUUCGGGUCCAAUCCUGUGGCCCUUUUUGAUGGUAAGCGGUGCACUGAAGUCACUGAAGUCGAUGUUGCCUCAGAUGGGCAAUCCUUCAAAUGCAAAGUGCCAGCGGGUGAGGCAGGAAAGGGAGUGCAAGUUUCGCUUGAUUUUGAUGAUAAGGAACCCGUCAAAAGCAGUGGGGGCGUAGACUACCGGUAUAUGAAGAUUUGA